AUGGAGAGUAAGGGUUGUAUCCUUGGUACAAAAAAGACAUACAACACUGAUGGGGGGACCACAGUAGGCAUGAAGCAAGACAGUAGAUGCCUCACAUUUACCUUGGAAUGGCUGCUCCUUCACAUUUCUGCUCUGUCACCUGACUAUGCAAGCCAGUAUGACCUUUGCAACUGGUUGGACACAUGUAUUCUCCAUGGGUAUCUAGCAGGGGAGGUCCAUGCAAGUGGUCAUCCUGAAGUUCAUGGUCUGGGUACUGUGUGUCAUGAUAAUAUGGUUGCCUAUACCUACUGGGAUCACAAUGACCUGUGCUCUCAUGGUAAGGAGCAUGACUGUGACAUCAUUCCCCUUCUAGGAGGAUGGGCAGCAGCAGCAGGCACGGAAAUGAGGGCAGGCAUGACAGGUUCAAACAAAGGCUUGGAGGGCAAGGGCAUCUGGAGAGGCAAGGGAGAAGAGUUAGUACUAGGCAGCAGAGUAUGGUAG